AUGCCGCUCUGUGGUGGGACCAAGACGGUGCAGCGCAAGCUGGUACUGCUAGGCGACGGUGCAUGCGGCAAGACUUCGUUGCUCAAUGUCUUCACGCGAGGAUACUUCCCAACCGUAUACGAGCCGACAGUCUUCGAGAACUACGUACACGACAUCUUCAUCGACAACACUCACGUGGAGCUAUCACUCUGGGAUACCGCCGGCCAGGAGGAAUUCGACCGAUUACGAUCCCUCAGCUACGAUGACACCCACGCCAUUAUGCUCUGCUUUAGCGUCGACUCGCCAGACUCGCUUGAGAACGUGGAGAGCAAGUGGGUAGGCGAGAUCGCCGAGAACUGCCCAGGCGUGCGGUUAGUGCUCGUAGCGUUGAAGUGCGAUCUGCGAGGAGAGGACAACCAAGACGAGGAAGAUGGAUCGCAUGAACCCAAGCGGGCCAAGGUCGAUUACAAGCAGGGACUUGCCGUGGCUGAGAAGAUCAAGGCAUUGAGAUAUCUCGAAUGCUCCGCCAUGAAGAACCGCGGCGUCAACGAAGCCUUCACCGAAGCCGCACGCGUUGCCCUGCAAGUCAAGAACCCCAAGGGCGACAAAUCGAGCAAGAGCUGCACCGUCAUGUAA